AUGUCAACAAAAGCAAAAGCGACACUUGCAUCCUCAAUAGCCUUUUGUGCUGCCUCUGUUGUAGGCGUUCAUUAUAUACAAAAUACAGAAAAAGAAAAUUUACGAGCAGGUGUCUUACAAGACGAAGAGAGAAGAAAAAAGAAGCAACAGCAGGCACUCAAUAUGAAAGAACUAAAAGAGCAACAGGAAUUACAUGAAGCCUUACUCAAGACACAGACAGUAUCAAAUCAACCUUCAAGCGAACCAGUGUCGAAGGAGCAGUAA